GCAAGCUGCAUUAAAAGCUCCAGCAGGUGAGUGACCUACUCUAAACGAGCUCAGUGAAGAAAAGAAACAAGGGAAACAGCUUCAAUUGAGAAAAAGUCUUUCUCUAGGGAUUCAUCAGUGUCCAGGGCUAAAGAAGGCCUGAGUCUGCACUUGGCUGCUGGCUGCUGUCACUGCUAUACCCAAAGGACCAGAGGCAGACCAGAGGAUGCUCAUACUAGGAUUCAGUGAUACCUCUGGACAGGUCCAACAGGAGAAAGGACAUUGACCUUCUGGCAUCACAUGUGGGAUUGGAAGCACUCAAGCAGACUCUUACAGGAGCAGCUGGAGGAAAAAGGGCACAAGUUGCAAAGGUACCAGCUACAAAGAAGUGUCUGGGAUCUGGAAAAGGAACAGGUUAGAAAUGGAGACCCAGAGGUUUGGUGAUUUGUCCUUAGUCACACAAGUAGGAAGUGAGAGAGGCAAGAUUUGAACUCAGGGCCUCUGACUCCAAAUCCAGCACUCUCUCCAGUGUACCAUACUGCUUGUAGGUCAUACACCUAUGACCUGGAACCACAGGAAGCUCUGGAUUGAGAGGAAAGACUAAAUCUCAUUGGGAGAGUCUAUCCUGGAUGGCUCAGAAAGGGUCUGUAGGAGAAGGAGACUGAAGAAUCCAUGGCUCCCUACCAUAUCCGGAAAUAUCAGGACCAAGACAGGGAAGAAGUGAUGGACAUGUUCAUUAAGGGAACACUAGAUCACAUUUCUCCUGGCUUCUUCUAUGUACUGAAGCAGCCCAGAAGCUUCUUGCUCCUGCUAGGAGGCCCAGGGGCCCUGUUUCUUGCCUCUGGCUCCCUCCUCCUGUCUGUCCUGGCCUUCCCAGGCAUCCUGGCCUCCCUCUGGCUGGUUGUUAGAUAUCCCUUCAACUGGUAUGUGGAUAAUGCUUUACACACUGACCUGCAGGACAUCAGGAAAUCCUAUCUCAAUGACAGAAGAUCUUGUUUCUGGGUGGCAGAGUCAGAGGGUCAGGUGGUGGGCAUGGUGUGUGCCUGCCUGGUGCAAGGGGUUUCAGGAGGACAGAAGCACCUGGAGCUGCUACAUUUGUCAGUGAGACCAGAGCAGCGGGGGAAGGGCAUCGCCAAAUCACUGACCCAGACUCUGCUCCAGUUUGCAAAAGACCAAGGGUAUGAUGCUGUGGUCCUGAAUACCCUUUGCUAUAAUUACCCAGCUCAAAGAGUAUAUGAGCAGCUGGGCUUCUAGAAAGUACGUGUAGCCUUUGAUUCUCUAAAAUGGAGGUUGGUGGGUAUUCCUUUUUUCUACUAUGAAUAUCCAGUCCCUUCUUCACUCUGAAAGCUCCCCAAGCCAUCUUGGCCUUUAGCCCUUUAUAGAUUGGCCCACCUAUCAGUGCUCAGUAAAGGCUGUUAACUUAACCACCACCAUUGACUUUCUCCCCUUGUGGCAAAAGGCCUUCUCCCUAACAGAGCGGCUUAAGAUGGGUAAAAUCACAGGAUCUCAGCAUUGGAAAGACCUCACUGGCAUCCAGCUAACCUACCGCUAACCAGAAUCCCUACCACAAUGUACCUGACAAAUGGGCAUCCAGGCUCUGCUCAGACAACUUCAAUGAGGGAAAUGCUUAGAGGGCAGCCCCAUUCUACCUUGGAUGGUUCUAAUUGUUGGGAAGAUUUCAUUUAAUGCUGCCUAAUCUCCUUCUCUGUGGUUUACACACACACACACACACACACACACACACACACACACACACACACACACUUACUUCUUGUUCUUGCUGCUGGGACCAAGUGGAUUUCUCUUCUACAUGAAAAUAGCUUCCUUCAUAUCCUUGGUGAUGACUUCCUGGUACAAUCAAAUUCAAUAAAACUUUACUAUGUGCCUAC